AUGGAGUCCAUGACUGAGGAGGAGGUCGAGAUGUACAAGGGGGCGUUUCGGCCCUUCGACAAGGAUGGAACGGGAGCCACGCACGCAGAUGGCGAGCCUAAACCCCUGCAAGCUACCCGCGAGAACUCUUCCCGCCGUCCGGAGACUGUGAAGUGCAUCUUAGGAAGCAUCGCCAUCGCGGAUCUGGGUGCGGUCAUGAAGAACUUGGGCAGGAGUUGUACGGCAGGAGAGCCAGAGCAGCAAGAAGACCUUGCAUGGCACGAGGUAAACUUCUUGACAUUUUCCAACGUCCAGGCCUGCGUGCUUUUGCCCAACGUGGGCCAGGAGUUGCAAGACAUGAUCAACGACGUGGACGCCGAUGGGACUGGGCGCCUCGAGUUCCCCGACUUUCUGGCGAUGUUCCGCUGCCGCGGCUGCUGCGGCUGCGCGGAGGAGGAGAUUUACGAGGCGUUUCGAGCCUCCGACCCCACCGGCAGCGGCCUCGUGAGUGAGGAGGGCGUGCGUGACGCGCUGGAGAGGCUCGGCGAGCGUGCCUCUGAGGAGGAGCUCCAGGAGAUGCUGCAGGAGGCCGCAGCGGCGGGGCUGGUGCUGGAAGGGAUGGUCAAGUACAAGGAGUUUAGGGAGCUUGAGAGGACACGGUGA